AGCAACAGAGAGCUGUGGGCAUCAUGUUCUCCACUACACUGGUCGUCCUGCCGCUGCUGUGGCUCUCACUGGCCUCUGCAUCUCACUUCUUUGGAGGGCUUGUGAACUACAGAUACAAAAGUCUCAGCAAUGGGACCUUUGGGGUGGAACUCAGGAACAAGGCAACAUUCCGUUCAUGUCAAUACCAAUAUGGAACUUGUUACAACAACGGGAACAACUGCGGGAUCAACGACCAAAUAGACAUGGGUGUGAUUGACAGGAGUAACAAUGGCCCCCCACGUGCAAACACGUGGUGUCAAACAGAAACAGUUGUCACUAAGGUCCUCCCCAGUGAUAAACCUUUCCAAACCAGGGAAUUCAGCUGCUGUUGGAUCUUUGAGUACCCCUAUUUAACAUCUCCAUCAUGGAGUGUACUGACUUCUGUGGAUUUGGGCAAAAGAUCAGACACUAAGAAGCCAAACAACUCUCCUGAUAUUGGCAUUCUCCCUUUUCUGCGGGUUCCUCAGAACUGCAAACGCACCUACAAACCCAUGGCCUUUGACCCUGAUGGAGAUGUUGUUCGAUGCAGAUAUGGAAAAAAAAUGACUGCAGAAUGUGAUUCUUGUAAAAGACAUGCAGGAUUCCAAGUAGAUGAGGCUACAUGCACACUGCACUAUCUGGCUUCUGGAAACCAAGGCGUCUAUGAAUUUGAAUUGGUGGUGGAGGACUUUCCACGAAAGCCUGUUAUGCUCUCUUACUCUGAUGGAACCAAGGCUUUCAAAUAUGCAUGGACUGCACGAAGAAAGAGAGCAGUGCCGACUACUGUCCCUACUACUACUACUACUACUACUACUACUACUACUACUACUACUAAGGCCCCUACUACUACUACUACUACUGCCCCCACUACUAUCCCUGCCCCAACUACAACACCAUGGUGGUAUUAUUACCACUACCACACCAUGGACUACAACUACUACUGCCCCCACUACUACAACUCCACCACCCACUACUUCUGCAUCCUUGAAAACUGCGCUCAGUUUGCUGCCUAUGCAGUUUGUUUUUUACGUGGACCCACCUGUUCCCACUUGUGCUGAAGGAUAUUAUCUGCCAAAGUAUGUUUCCCCAACACCCAGAGACGGAGAGGUCAUUCUGGCAGAAGCUGGAAAAGAAGUAGAGAUAAAAGUCAAGGCCAAAGCUCUUUAUUCACAAGUUGACGACCUUAUAAUGACCGGGCCGCUGAAUAUCACCAAGCACAAAACCACUGGAGAUGAGUUCACCAUCAGAUGGACUCCUACUUCUGAAGAAAUCGGACACUAUUUUCCAAUCUGCUUUGCUGUUGAAUUUAAAAAUGGAACUUACGUUUACCAAACUGAGAUGAGAUGUGUGCUGGUGAACGUUACAAAGAAUCUAGUGAACACAGUGGUCACCUGUCUGGAGUCUUCCAUGAUUGUGGAGGUGGAGAAAGCCACAUUGCCUCCACUCCAUUAUGAAGAUCUGCGUCUGUCUGAUCCCAGUAACACAGCCUGCAGCCUCCAAACCCACUCCAACAGCACCCACGUGGUCGCCAUAGUGCCCCUCAACGCCUGUGGCACCCAGAUCGAGGAGGAUGAUGAUGAUCUACUUUUCAUGAAUGAGAUCACCACAGUGGACAAUACCUCGGCCCUCAUCACCAGAAAACACCUGUUGGAAAUCAAGUUCUGCUGCCAGUACUCCAAAAGAGGAAACGUGACCGCCACCUUCAAGGCUCACAGAGAGAAUGUGACAGUGUGGGAAAAGGGCUUUGGGAAGUUCACCUACAGCUUUGAGUUCUUCCCAAAUCAGAAGUUUGUCACCAGUAUCGAUCCCUGGCUCUACCCUCUGGAGUAUGACGUGGGCGAUCGCAUCUUCAUGGCGAUCGAAGCAACAGGUCCACUCAACAACACAGAGCUGUUUGUGGAGUCCUGCAGAGCUGCACCCUAUGACAACCCCAACUACCCCCAUCCCUACAGCCUCAUUGAGAACGGCUGCAACUUAGACUCAACACUGAUCGUCUAUCCAAGAAGUCACAACAGACAAGUCAAAUUCAGCUUUAAGGCCUUUAAGUUCAUUGGCCUUCAUGACCAGGUCUACAUCAGCUGCUCGGUGUUGAUGUGUGAAGCUGGAAACCCACACACUCGCUGCGCUCAGGGAUGUCUGCCCAAUGCACCAAGAAGAAACAGGAGAGAGGCCGCCAUUGAGACUGGAGUCCACUAUGUGUCCCAGGGCCCACUGCGCCUCAAGAGAUCUGUGCAGGCAGAAAACACAGGCCUGAACCUCAACCUGGUAUUCAUCACUGGCUGUGCUCUGGCCGCUGUGGGGAUGAUCUGUGGAGUCUUCUUCUACAAAGCCAAGAGAUCAAGUGUCAAUUACCAAGUUCUGCCUUCAGAUGAAAGCUAGAAACACCACCUGCAGAUGCAAGAAACACACUGCACUAUUAGAAUACGGUGAUUAAUGAAGAAUUAUGGGUGAAGGUGAAGGAUUUUAAUCAAGUUAUUUUUUGAAUCACAUCACAUUUACACAGAAAUAAUUAUCAGCGUUGUCUUGUAUGUCUCUAAAUAUAACAAAAGCUAAUUACAAUUAUAAUUUGAAUCGGGCUGUAAUUUGUGUUGGUAAGGGUGUACUAGUUAUUUAAACUACUAAUUUAAACUAAACUACAGCAGCACCAGACAAUGCAAAAAUAUAGAUUUUGCACUGUUGGCUAAUGCAAUAGUUAUUAUUAAUAUAGCAACAGACUAUAUAUCACAAUAACAAUAAGAGUAUUUUUUCUAAUUAUUUUGAAUUUAUUAUUGCCAUUUAUAUUUUUGCUUUUUGUUAUUAUAAUAUAUUGUGACAUGUGAGCUACUGUGCCCAAAUAAUUUCUCUUGUGAAUCAAUAAAGUUUGUCUAAACCUUAGAAAA